GCGCCCCGCCUUCCGGCGGCAGGCACUGGGUGUGACCUCGGCUCCUGCUGGGUGAGGGGCGAGCGUUCCUUUACUGUGGCCUGAGGGGCGGGCGCGCACCCCAAGCGCAGGAUGGUGACUGCCAAGGCAUGGGUUCUGAAGAAGCAUUUUGAAGGUUUCCCCAAAACCAGCGACUUUGACCUGAAAGAGAUAAAGCUGCCAAAUCUGAAGGAUGGAGAGUUGCUGCUUGAAUCAGUGUUUCUCAGUGUUGAUCCUUACAUGAGAGCUUACAGUCGAAGGGACAUGAAGGAAGGGGACAUAAUGAUAGGAACACAGGUUGCCAGGAUUGUAGAAAGCAAGAAUCCUGCUUUCACAGUGGGGGCCUUCGUUGUGGCUGACAGUGGCUGGAGAACUCAUUUCAUCUCUGAUGGGAAAGACCUACAUCUCCUUCCUUCCAGUUGGCCAGAAUCACUCCCUAGAUCUCUAGCCCUUGGAACAGUUGGCAUGCCAGGCCUCACUGCGUAUUUUGGUCUGCUGGAGGUCUGCAAGAUGAAGCCAGGAGAGACGGUGCUGGUUAAUGCUGCAGCCGGUGCUGUGGGCUCUGUGGUGGGGCAGCUUGCUAAAAUUGGGGGUUGCAAAGUGGUUGGCUGUGCUGGCUCAGAUGACAAGGUUGCCUAUCUGAAAAAAAUUGGCUUUGAUGAAGCUUUUAAUUACAAGACUGUUAAAUCUUUGGAUGAAGCACUGCGUAAAGCCUCUCCUGAUGGCUACGACUGUUUCUUUGAUAAUGUGGGCGGAGAAUUUGCCAGUAUUGCUAUCAACCAGAUGAAGAAAUAUGGAAGAAUAGCAGUCUGCGGAGCCAUCUCUCUGUACAAUGACUCCGUGCCUCAGAAAGGGCCUUACCUGCAGGUUCCAAUGAUCUUCAAAGAGCUUCAAAUGGAAGGGUUUAUUGUGAGCCGCUGGAAGAACCGCCGGGAGGAAGGUGUGAAGGCACUGCUAAAGUGGGUUGUGGAGGGAAAAGUGAAGUACCAUGAACAAGUCACUGAAGGAUUUGAGAACAUGCCAAUGGCUUUCAUUGGAAUGUUAAAGGGAGAAAAUCUUGGAAAAGCUGUUGUAAAAGUCUGAAGGUCAGAUAUUCCUGGGAGACUGGUGUAGGAGAAUGUGAUUCUGCUAAAUGCUUUUGACUCACCUGUCAAAACAUAUGAUUAGUAUGUUUCAGUCUUUCUGCUGGAUGUUUGGUAAUGGUAACUUCUGUUAAUAAUUGGACUAAUAAGUGUAAGAAUAUGCCAAUUUAUAAAGAACUUGAAAGAUACUUCCCAAAACUACACAAAAAAAAGAGCCUUAAAAUUGCUGAACACCAGAACUGUAUCAAAUUUAAUAGUACCUUGAAACUUUGUUUUUCCUUACUACAAGCCUGCUCAUACAAUUUCCAAAGCUUUGCUAGCUGAUGGCAUAUUUAAUGUUUACCCAUUGAUUUGUCCCAGAACUUGACAAGAGGGAUUUCUUAACCAAUAUCAAGAAGUGGAGAACAAGCUAAGCUAACAAUACUUGGGGAUUCCCAGCUUCUUCUCUAGCUGGUGUUUUUUUUUUUGACCAGCCCACCCCUGGUAAAGGGGGGACUGAUGCCUGAGGAUUUUUAGGAUUUUUAGCUUUUUGUAGAUUUUAGAAGUAGCUAUGUAGUAAAUAUAGAUUUUUAGUAUAAUUGUAUAGUCUCUCACACUUUAGAGUAGUAGUUAACACUUACUAAACUCUAUUCCCCCAUUUCAUAUUGAAUUUUCUAAAUUCUUUAGGCUUGUUUAGGCUCCUUUCAAGGUAGCACUGUAGUAAACACCUGUUAUGCUUAAGAACAUUUGCACCCCAGGUCUGAACAACUAGAUAUGAUCAUAGCCAAAGCAACUCUCAAGCCUGGAACCUUCGAGAAGCUCCAAAAAGAGUACGUGCCAUGAAGAAGAUGAGGAAGAAACGGGUCUUGUGACCCUGGACUCAAUUCUGGAGAGGCAUGCUGGGAGGCAGAUUUGGGGAGGAUCUGGGGGGUGGAUAGUUCUGGGAUUGGAUGGAUAAUACCAUAAAAUUAUAGAACCACUGGACACAGGGUGUGCCUUUUCUGUACCCCUUGUGCCAGAAGGCCUUCAUUAAAGAGCUGUUCUCUAUCUUAUCUACUGAAUUAGCCUGCAGUUUUUUCUGCUCCCGAUUUUAAGGCAACAAAACUUUUAUCAGACAAUGUAGACAUCUCAGUUAUUCUGAGAUUAUGGAAAGGAAAAAUAAAACUUAAUGUAUACAUUG